UCAUCACAGCUCAGCCUCCCUCUCCCCCAGCCCUUUAUAGGAACUCUGCCCCGGGUCACUCUCAGACCGACAAUAACCUCGUAGCUCCUUUCUCAAAACGACUCACUGUUGGUGACUCUGUGUGCGGUAUGUCGGUGUGAGGGUGUGUGCAUUGGUAUGUAUUGUACACACGUUAACAUUUCAUAUGGUGACAUCAGUCUUCCUCAGACAGGCUCUACCAGGGGGGAACGACACUAUGCCCAGCACAUUUGCUGCUGCAUUUUCAACACGGUUCUGAGAAACCACUCUUGUUCAAAAAAUAUUCUUGUUCCAUUUUCUGUUCUUUAAUUUGAAUAAGGUUGAACUCUUCAUAUUUUUAAAACUAAUUUUUCUCUAGUGAACUUCUUGGCUUGUAAGAGAACUUUGUAUAUAAAUCAAACAAACCUUUAUCUCAUGUUUUUAUUUUUAUAUCUUUCUAUGCAUAAACAUUUGGUUCUUAUGUAGUUAAAUUGAACAGUCUUGGAAUCCUGGGACCCGUAUUCUCCUUAGAAAAGCUUAUGUUCAUAUUUCAAGAUGAUUAAAAAAAUUCUAUUUGUUACUUUUUACAUUCAACUCUAUUUGAACCAUAUGAAAUUUACUAUUCUGUAAAAGCAUAAAUUAUAAAUCUCGGGUUAUGCUUUUUUCAGAUAGUUUGUCAAUGCAAUAAUUACCUCUGGAAUAAAGGUAAAGGAGGGAGCGGGGAGGAAGGGAGAAUGAGAUAGAAAUUGACAGAGAGAGAAAGAGGAAGAGGAGGAAGAGGAGGAAGAGAGAGAACAGCUUAGAGAAAUGCCAGGGUGAAAAACGCCUUAUGUCUCUUGGCUGGGGCGAGAUCUGGAGGCGGGAGAAAAGAGGUUAGAAUGACUGGUAGUGAAUUUAAUAAGGGUCAGAGACUGUCAGAGACAAAAAGAAAAUGUCCUCCACAACUUAGUUACACGGGAUGAACCUGACCCCAGACAGACUGUGUGACUGGCUCGGGUCGCACAGUAAUUUACUAGGGACUCCAACUCCGAGCUCAGCCUUCUCAUCAGGAAAGCAGAGACAGCUGCUUUCAGCGGGGACUGAUGCAAAGAAAGGGUAGAGGGGUGGCCGGAGGGACCGGUAAUGAUCCUACCAACUCUGAGAUUCUAAGACUCCAAAAUAUACUUUUGAAGAUCCUUCUGCCCACGAAGUUCUCAUAAUCAAAGACAAAACUUCGGAGUUGGAUGAAGCGCAUACUGGCACAUAGCAGGGGCUCAGCGACUACAGUAUCAAUGAAUGCGGACUGUCCUUAUCAACGACUGUCAUUCAGUGGUCCUCUCUGGAUAUGAUGCGUGCUUAUUCCUUGAGCUUGAGUGAGCGGCUUAUGACAAUCUCACUGUCUAGGACGGUUGGGCAGGUGCCAAGGGGAGUGAGCCCCAUGGGGGGGCAGCAGAGGGAACUCCACAGCUGGAGACCCUGAAGCAUCAGGCUCUCCUCCAGCCUAUGACAUUGGGACAUGGGGCCCAAGAGGCUAGUGGGCAGGUAGAAUAAUGGUCCCCCAAAGCAGUCCAUGCCUGGCCCCUGGGAACUUGUUGUCUUACAUGGCAACAAAGACUUUGCAGAUGAGAUUAAAUUAAGGACCUUGAGAUAGGAGAUUAUCCUGGAUGAUCCAGGUGGGCUGCAUCAAAACCCAGGGCUCCAUAGAAGUGGAAAACAUAUCCCUGCUAAGGUCAGAGGCAGAGGAAGAUGUGACGAUGGAAGAAGGGCCAGUGAGGUGCAAGGUGUUGCUGGCUUUGGAGGUGGAGGAAGGGAACCACAAGCCAAAGAAUGUGGGCAGCCUAUGGCCCCUGGACAAAGCAAGGAUCCCCCAGAAAGGGGCACGGCCCUGACAGCUCUGUGAUUCUCACCCACUCGGGCCUGUGUCAACCUCGGACCUAGAGAGUUUGCAAGAUAAUAAAUCUGUAGUGUCUGAGCCACCAAAUGUGUGGCAGUUUCCUACAGAAGCAAGAGAACACUCCUGCAGUCAUGGGAGCCCACAGGCCAGCUGCACGCUUGUCUCUCGGUUCGCAAGUCAUCCCGCCUCCAGCCCUGCUUUGAACAGCCAUCCUGUCUUCCUGCCUGUGCUUCCUAAUAGCAAUAUGCUGCUUUCUGCCACUGUCCCCCAUUCCUGUCCAGAAUGACCUAAAAUCUUGGUUCCCAUGGCUCUGUCCUGAAGGCUCAGCUCCAGAUUCAGGCCCUACAGAAAGAUUGCCUGGCCAGCCCCGUCCUGCCCUUGUGGGUCUUAAACUAGUGACCCUUGUGCACUGUCUUCCCAGAAGGCUUUCACUUUGUCAUUCUUUCUGUCUGAGGGUGUGGGUGGGACUAAGUGGGUGGGGCUAAGUGGGUGGCAUCCAUAAAGACUGAGCUCCGAGAGAAAGAACUGUGACUCAGAGCUGCCGGCGAGCCCAGUCCUCUGCCCCCUAGCCUUCGCCCUCAUCCCCGGGGUGUGCAUCUUCUCACAGGGGCCAGAGACAAGCCCUUGCAUCUGGCCGGUUCCCAACAUGGGUCUAUCAGGGGCCCUAGCGUGGAUGGGAAGAUGUCUCCUCGUAAGCUUACCGCUUCAGUCCCCCAACUUCUACAGAUGAUCCUGGACAAUUCAGACAAGCAGGUGCUGUGGACCAGAAGCCCCAUCUCCUGCGUCACAGAUCUCAAAACCCUGCAUCUGGCAGGGAGACAAACAUCGAAUGGAAACCCUGGAUCUAACCCUGGCCAUGCACCCCGGCUGGCCAUGGCCUUCGCCCAGCUGGCAAAUUCCUUUGUGCUCUUCUCAUUUGUCCCUGGCAAUUCUAGGAGGAAGGAGAGGGCCAGCAGGCAGGCACUGCCAUGGGACCAAUCCUAGGCCGUGAGCCACUUAGGUGUAUUCAGGUCUCUAUCCCCUUUUUUUUUUCAUUCAGAACCUUUUCUCAAAUGCUAUUGCCUCAGAACAGACUUCUCAUUAAUUUAAGGGGCAACACCAGUGUCUCCUAACCCCCGGAGGGCCCCUUGCUUCCUCAUCGUUCCCAUGGAGAUCACUUGGCUGGAGUCUAAGUUCCCACCCAGCACAGGUUCAGCUCUAAACCUCAUCGAGAAACCAGGGGCCCGGGGACACAGGAGACGGGGAGAACCAAGGACGCUCAUCCUUGGGAAAGAAGGGACUGAAACAGCCCACGUUCCCCUCUGGUCUCCAAAAGGGCUUUUUGCCCACGUUCCAGCCCCCAGACUCGGUGACACAGGGUAAGCCUUUAUUCACGGUGUCAGCAUAAGGGUUGGAGACGUCGUUGCUUGCAGAGCCACCCCGCCCCCAGGAAGUGCCACCCCGUUCCAGCUGCUCAGAAGCCCCGGUCCACCCCUGGCAGCUGCAACACUCUCACCAACAGCAACGGGCGGCAUAUUCAUGUCACUCGCGUCACAGGGUGGACCCAUUAGGCAGGAAUCUCUAGACAGGAGUUUCUUAAUGCGAGCGGCUCCAGAAGAAGACCUGCUUAGCAGCUAAGCGGCCCCGGAAGCUAGUGCUGUUAUUAGCUCCACUGGGUAACGGAGUAAAUGAGGCUCAGACAGGGGAGUAACAGAGAGGAGCAGACUUAGAUUCCACACCAAGCAAGUGUCGGACCGGAAUCCAAGCACAGGCCUGAGGCCGUGCCCCCAACCACCAUGCGAGGGAGAGGGGAGUCGGGAAGGUUCAGGGGACACUCCGCAGGAGCAAAGCAGCACCACUGGGUGACCGCCCGAGACCUUCCAGUUGCUGGCUGAGCAGCUGCCUGGUCCUGAGGCCUAUCUGUGACCCCUGAUAGGGGGUCCCUUCUGCUCUCUACCCUUGCAAAUAAUACCAGGGGACCUCCCUACAAAAGCUGAUUUAUCGACUCAGAACUCUGACUUCCCAUUGAUUGCAUGAUCACAGCUGGAGCACAAUGGAUGAGUGAGGGUCCUCAGCAGAAGGACAGUCCAGAAAGACGGGAAGGGACCCUCUAAAGGGGGUCUCGGUGCACAGCCUCUGGGCCAUGACACAGACCCUGCCCGCACCAACACUCGGGGGCUUCUGAGUGACUCCCACUAACGCUCUCUCUUUCCUUCCGGGUUCCCUCCCCCCACCAUCUUUUUCUUCUGGCUUUCCCUCUCACACAUUUGGUCUUACUUCUGUUUCUCUUGUUUCCUCCUUGCCUUCUCCCUACAUGUCCAUGUCUGUUGCUAUGUUGUCUCCCUUAAUCUGCCCCUCUCUACUUUCCUCUCUCCUGUGUGGCUCUCCAUGCUCUCACUCUGUGAAUCCCUGACUCUCUCUCCCAUGAUUCUCCUGUUCUCUUGUUGUCCUUCGCCUUCCUCUCUCUGCCCUUCUGUUCAUCACUGACCACCCACUUGCCUUUUCUCCCUGCUCCCUUUCUCUGUUUCUAUCUUUGUUUCUGAGUCAAUGAUUCUCUGCACGUAUAUGUGUAUGUAUGUAUGUCUGUCUAUCCAUCCUCUAUGUCUGUAUCUCUCUCUCUCUCUCUCUGCUGCUCCAUCUUAUUUCCUUUCCAUGCAGGACCCAACCCCUGCAUCAUGGCAAAUUGGAGCCACCCUUCUGAAUUUGUCCUCUUGGGCUUCUCAUCUUUCGGUGAGCUGCAGGUUCUGCUGUAUGGGCCCUUCCUCACACUUUAUCUUCUUGCCUUCACGGGAAACACCAUCAUCAUCACCAUGGUCAUAGCGGAUGCCCACCUCCGGACUCCCAUGUACUUCUUCCUGGGCAAUUUCUCCCUGCUAGAGAUCUUGGUGACCAUGACCACCAUGCCCAGGAUGCUCUCAGACCUGCUGGCCCCCCGGAAAGUCAUUUCCUUCAGCGGCUGCCUUGUCCAGUUCUACUUCUACUUUUCCCUGGGAUCCACCACCUUCCUCGUCCUGGCAGACAUGGCCCUUGACCGCUUUGUGGCCAUCUGCCACCCGCUGCGCUACAGCAUCUUGAUGAGCUGGGCUGUGUGUGUCCGGCUGGCAGGGGCCGCCUGGGCAGCUCCUUUCCUGGCCAUGGUGCCCACCGUCCUCUUCCAGGCCCACCUCAAUUAUUGCCACGGCAACGUCAUUGACCACUUCUUCUGUGACAAUGUGCCUCUGCUGCGGCUGUCCUGCUCAGACACCAGCCUGCUGGAAUUCUGGGACUUCCUGAUGGCCUUGGCCUUUGUCCUCAGCUCCUUCCUGGUGACCCUCAUCUCCUAUGGCUACAUCGUGACCACUGUGCUGCGGAUACCCUCGGCCAGCGGCCGCCAGAAGGCUUUCUCUACGUGCGGGUCUCACCUCACCCUGGUCUUCAUUGGUUACAGCACCACCAUCUUCCUAUACAUCAGGCCUGGCAAGGCACACUCUGUGGAGGUCAACAAGACCGUAGCCUUGGUGACGUCCGUCCUCACUCCCUUCUUCAGCCCCUUUAUCUUUACCCUCCGCAAUGAGACAUUCCAGGCGGUGCUGCGGGGACAGAUGCGGAGGCUGAGAGGCCUCCAUGAGGCAUGGCAGUGAGCCCGAGGGGCCCGGCCAGGCUCGGUCAGGGGUUCUGGGAGGAGGCGGAGGAGCAGCUGGGUGGGAAGGCCACUGUCAAGUUUCUUUAGAUUUUUUUCCUCUGUGCUCUGCGUGAUCACCACGGGGAGUCCUCAGUGCCAU